UUUGAGGCGAAAGGCAGACAGAGGGCAUGCCGGAGGGUAGCAGGAGGAUCUGAGUGAUAGAGGGAUGUCGGAAUCCUCCGGCGACCCCUUCGUCCGCCGACGGCUGGAGGAGCCCGAGUCGGACGGGCCCGUCCUCAACACAGCGACCACCCUGGUGGAUGUGCUCAUCCUUUACAACGGCAAUGGUGAGAGAGAUCAGCAACCGAAACCAACGCCUCCGCAAUGGCUGCUGUCCUCCUUGCGGCUGUGCAUGUGCAGAUAGCGGGAGUGGCACUGGGAGGCGCGCCCCACUCGCUCCCCAAAUCGCCAGCCUCUUCGGUACUUAUGGCCACUCAAAUCGCCCCGCUGAGGGGCAGGCAGGCAGGCCUUGCUUGACUUGUGUGUGUGUGUGUGUGUGCGUGUGUGCAGGCGAGAAGGGGAGUCUGAUACGUCGGGCCGUGGAGGCGGUGCAGCCGGGCACCGGCCCGCGGCACGUGCUCAGCAUAGGAUACGUGUGUGUCGACAUCGCAGGUGUGCUACAAACCGCUCACACACACACAUACAUACGAAUCCACUCACACUUGGGUCGCUGUCAUGUGGUGUGAUCUGUCUGUGUGCAGAUGGGUCUGGCGGCGUGCUGGGUGGCAUGGGUCUGCGUUGCCAUCUGCAGGUGGCCCGCCAACUCAGGACCGGGCCGCUCAGCAGCGGGUGGGUGGGGUACGUUUCGACGCCAGACAGGGACAACGGCUGGAUACAGGAAGCAAAGGUUAGGUGGGGGGGUGGGUGCGACGCACCAAACACGGCACUUGCACUGCACGGCAACAGGAUCUCUUUGGUUGUCUGUCCGGCCGUCAGGCUUUUCUGCGUGACUACUUCGAGGCUUCCCGUGUGCCGUACAACACGAGUGCGGAGUUCAGCAUUAGCUACCACAACGGCGCCAACAGAGACGCGUCGACAGAAGUGUGAGCCAAGCAAAACAACAUCCACCACCGGCCAUCCAUCCAUCCAUCCAUUUUGUGGUUCAUGUUUGUUUUGGUGGUAUUUAGGUUUACCCAGGGCAUGCUGGCACUCAGUCUCCCGUACCACCUGUAUGGCACCACUGACAAGCACUACCGCGUGAGCGAUCGCAGCGCUCUCGACCUCUUCGUGGCGAAACUCCAGUCGACCACAGGUGACUGACGGCCCGGCCACACCACAGAGAAAGACAAGACGCCCAUCCUCCAGCCAGCACGCCAAGGCACGCACGGCUUUCUGUCUUGUCUUGGUGCACUGCAGGGGUCAACGGUUUAGCUCACUACAGCACGCCCGGCGUGGUUGUCCGCAACCUCCCAUCGCCGCCCCACCCCAUGUUCCCCCUCCCCCACGGGUCCCUCUGCUUCGGCCCCUCACUAAUCGGCACCGACAGCCUGCUCAUGAACCUCGCCAUCGGGCCUGUCGUGGUCACAAGACACACACGACACACGCACCGACACAACAAGAAAGUUGAGGGAGACAGGGAGGGUGUGAUUGUUGGUUGAUUCAGGGUAAUGGUGGCCAGGCGACGUGCUAUAAGGUGCACAUCGACGAGCGGUGUGGUGCUGCCGGGGGUGGGGCUGUGAGGAGGGUGGUGAAGGUGGUUGGGUGUCGAGAAUACAAGACCAACGCCAUGGCCUACCGCCGGGAGAUCGGUGAGCCAGUAUAGUGGUGUGGUGGAGGCGGGGGCCUCGUCCCUACAGUAAUGUGUAUUUGUAUGUGCUGUGUAGUGGCGCAUCGCAUCGUGUCGGGCACGGCUCCAUCAAUCAUUCCGUUAGACAGACAGACAGACAGACAGUCAGAGAGCCACACACACACACACCGAUAUACACACAAAUUGCGGCUGUGUGUGGGAGUGUGUAGGCUGGAGGGUGCUGUGCUAGACUCGUCUGCGUGCUGCUACCUCAUAAUGCCGGCCAAAGAUGAGUGAGUGAGGGGAGGGCGAAGGGCACCACGGUGACACGCUCAAUGUUCCAUCCUGUUCUGGGGAUCCGUGUGUUUGUGUGUGUAUCAGAUGGGUACCUGGAUGAGAGCUGCAUCAAGGCCAUCUUCAAGCGCUCCAUGUGAAAUUGCAGCAUCACGUGCCGAGUGUCCGCAAACCCCACCCCCAAAACAUACGGACGUGUUGCCUUAUCUCUCCCAUGUCUCUUUGUCUGUGUGGGUGUUUUGGUUGAUUCGUCAGGUGUUGGUGGCGCUGGCCAAGUGUCACGCGGCCGGUGUGGUGCAUAAGGACGUCAAACCGAACAACCUCCUCGUCGACACCACCAACAUACGAGACCCCAAACUCUUCCUCGUGUGCCCACCAGCACGACUUGUUGUCCAUGUGUGAUUCCUGUGUCUGUGUGUGUGUGGGUCGUGGUCAGUGUGACUUCGGCAUAUCAGAGCGGCUGCAGCAGGGCACCAAGGGCACCAUCUGGUUCACCGGCACAUCAGGUGUAUGUAGCACACAGCAUACAACACUCAGCCCAGCCACCGGCCCCACUAACGGCAUUCAUGUUUGCCCGUAUGUGUGUGUGUGUGUCUUUGUUGAUUGGUGUGUCAGGUUUCAGCGCCCCCGAGUGCUACAACUGUGUGCCGUACAGCUUCACUGUCGACGUGUGGUCGGUGGGGAAGCUGCUGCUCGAGCUGCUCCUCUGCCACAUGAAGGAGAUGCAGGGCGACGCGGCACACUCGUGUCUGGCGCAGGUCGGUCACAACACAUAAGAUGGCCUGCCAUGUCGGUGCACGGAAGAAAGGAACUGUCCGAAUGCUUUUUGUUCCGUCUUGGGCUGUGUGGUGUUUUCGUUCGUCAGUACUCGGCCGUUCGCUUCAAGUACUCUGCCGCAGACAACGCGCAGGCGCGCAAAGAGAACGCGAUGGCCACUCAGCACGUACGUGAUCACACCCAACACAUGGGGGUUAACACACACAUACAGGCGGGCACUGCACCCCUACAAUGCCAGACAGAAUGCACCUUCGUGGACGCAUCUCUCUCUGUGUGUGUGCCUGCCAGAUGAAUGAGGCGUUGACGAUUCUCUUUGAGAAGUUUCUAGGCGACAGCGACCACCUCAAGGCUCUCGUCCCCGUAGACAUCGCCGAUAGCGGCCUGCUGCCCGACUUCCUCCUCAAGUGUCUCAAGGUGGUACGUACGCAGCGCAGUCACACGCAGCCGCACAUGCCACCGUGCGUAUUGCCCUGCUUUGCUUUGCUUUGGUGUGUUCAGCACGGCGACUCCCGGUUCAAGGUGCCUCAGCUGCUGGAGCACCCGUGGAUUGAGCGAGAGCAGUGCGACCAGGACGAGAAACGAGGCAUGCUCGUCGUCGACCAUGCUGCAUAUGGUACGGUUCGUGGGCGUGUGGGUGGGUGGGGGCACAUCACAUCACACCCAUGGCCGCAUGUGUGCGUGUGCUGCUUGCCUCGCUGUGUGUCAGCCAAGAUGUUUGCGCGGCAGAGUGAGCAUCACAUCAGAAUGAAAGAAUGAUGCCAUCCAUGUCCAUGUGCGUGUGUGUAUGGUGUCAUGCCUGCAGGCCAGUUCCUCCCGCAGCUGGCUGCCACAGCCUCAUCCCAGCGCGCCGCCAGUCCGGGCGGCCCAGCAGCUGCCGCAGCAGCAGCUGCUCCUUCUUUACGCGAUUUUGGGCGGCUCUUUGCCGCCCGGCGAGAGACCCUCUUCCCUCGCCGAGAUCGAGACACCCCGCCGGUGCCUUCUCCCCCUCUCGUCGCUGCCGCUGCUGCUGCUACUGGUGCUCGCAUCCCGCCGCCAGCUGCCACACCGCUGCGGACAUCGAGCAGUGCGAGCAUGAGGGAUGACAGUGAGGGCGGGGGCGAGAAUUGGGGCGGGGCUGCAGAGAGCCGACGAUACAACCUCAGGAAGCGGCCGCGGCAGUGAAUGAGAUCGGUGAUUGAUAGGGGGAGGGAGGGAGGGACGGAGAGAGAGAUAUGGUGGGUGGGUUGGCGGGCGGCAGGAUGCACGGUCGGGUGAGGUGGUUUGCAUAUUUUGUCGGAUGGAUGGAUGGAUGGACGGUUGUUUGUAUAGUAGGGUGCAUGGGGUGGACGAGUUCUCGGCUGACUGAUCGAUAUGAGUGAGGACCAGACAGAAGGACACUUUUUUCACAACCGAUUCCAUCCAUAUUGAACACUCUGUCCAGGUAUGGAUGGCUUUUGCUCAUUCACUCAUUCC